AGCCAGGGGACAGCAUUUCGGUGUGCGAGAGCAGCCCCCUCCCCCUGAAAGGAAAAAAAAAAGAAAUUGUGCGGAAGGAGAAGAGUCGAGAGCCGCACGCGCCGCCGAUCGCCGUCGGACGGCUCGCUGGAGACCUCGUGCCACCGCCAAUCUUCUGCCGCCCUGCCCUUCGUUCGCCUCACGGGCCUUUGCUAGCAGUUUAGCAGCUCAACCGCCCUAAGCCGAAUCCUCCAUUUGCAGCUGCAUUCCUUUGUCGCUUGGAGUUGAUUUGAACCCCUGCUACGACAUUAGAUUUGUGAAAAGCCCGAGUCAGAUAGGCUGGCCUAUGGGCACCAUCAAGAUCACACUCGCUGUGGACAGGUCGCGGAACCGCGUGCUCUUCGCCGAUGCAGGCUCCGACUUUGUUGAAAUCCUCCUCAGCUUCCUGAAGCUUCCCCUCUCCGCCGUUCAGUCCAUCGCAGGCCUGACUUCAUGUGGUUGCCUGACAAAACUCCGUGACAGCGUCAACCACCUCACGGAUAGUGAGCUGCUGAAGGUUGGCUUGUGCCAUGGCAUGCUGCUCGCACCUACGCACGCCGAUGAGUUCAAUGAAAUAUGGAACACAGAGACCUGUCUAAGGGGUAAAGAACGGUUCAUUAUCAGUGACGGAUGGAUGAUCAAGCCAGCAUCCACAAGCAGCAUGUUGUCACUGCCUCAGAUGUUUGGUUCUGAUGGGGUCGGUCAUGGCUUUGAGGAGGUCACGGUGUGCGUUGGCUCAGUGGAGGUUUUUCCCUUGCUGAAGGCUUCACUUUCAUCAGAUACCAUAUUCACUGAUGUGUUUAUAUCCAAGGGAACGGAUGACCAGGCUUCUCGUCUCACUGUGAAACCAACCAUCAAUCAGAAAAUUCUGCAUCAUUCCAGUAAUUAUUCACUUUCUUUACCAGAAAGCAAGGUCAAGCUUUUCUAUGACAUCCAGGAGAAAAAGGUCAUGUAUGCUGAAUGCAAUCGUGAGUUCGUGCACUUACUCCUCGGUUUCUUGACUUACCCAGUGGGCUGUAUGAUAAAAAACACGGGUGCCAGUCCUUGUCGUCUCGGCAGAAGCUUUAGCAACCUGUACCGCAGUGCCAUCGACCUCGGCGGUGCUGGCUUCUUAACACGCUGCUUGCCCAAACUGUUUGAUAGUUUGAGCCACAUCAUUUGUCAGGCGGUAGAUUGCCCAUGUACGAAGGAUAGGAUGCUAACAUGUUAUUGCUGCCAUCCUGAGCUCGUUGAGGACCAGAAGUAUGUUGUAGCCAAUGAUCUACUUAUACACCAGGCCUCUGGAUUAUCUGUGAUGAAGCAUUGGUUCAUGAGAGACAAGGCUAAGGUACUGGAGAUGGACAUUGCCAUCGGGAAGCAGGAGACUGCUGCGCUGCUGCAAGCCGUGCUUACGUCCUCCUCAACAGCACUGACUGAUGUGUUCCUCGGCAGGCUGGAGGAACAGUCAGCAUGGCAGAAGAUGCAGAUCUUUGCCAAGCUCCCCAGGGGUGGUAAGAUCAUAACUGUGGAAGUCGCGAGACUCGACACGAUUGCCACCGUGAAGAGCAGGAUCAGGGAUAAGGUGCCUGUCCCGGCAGGAUGCCGUCAUGAGUUGGUCUACGGUAGCAGAUAUCUCAAGGACUCGUGCACCGUUGGCGAAUACAACAUCGUCAAGGAAUGCACCAUCAUCUGUGAAUUUUAUAAGAAGUGAUCGAUACGGUUGACUCGACGGUCAACCGGUUGGAUUGAAGCCCGGUCGUGCAAUCCUUUGGACCGUGUUGUCAGUAUAGUUGUGGUGGUAGGAUGGUGGUGGUGCAAUCCUUAGGACCGGUCAUGGUGGUGCACGUAAUGGUCGGUCAGCCAGUUUGCUUAGAUACGAUCAUGAUCAUGUUUUGUGUAUGGACACUGAAGACUUAACUGGUUGUUCUCCUUUUAGUGAAAGCCUUAUUGGUUGUUUUGUGUAUGGACACUGAAGACUUAACUGGUUGUUUCUGUUAA